AUGCUGCAGAGCACCCUAUGGCAAGAAUCAGAAAUUGCUUGUAAAGAAACAGCCUGGUUGCCUGGUCCCAUGCAGGAGGCUGCUCCUCCCCAAAGCCACAGCGCGGGAUCAAUUAAGGAGGAGUUGAUGUCAGGCUCGGAUGGGAGUAUGGGGAAAAAGCGAUACACGGUUCGUCAUGGUUUUCCUUACCAGCCCUCUGCUUUGGCCUUUGAUCCAGUGCAGAAAAUCCUGGCGAUCGGCUCAAGAUCUGGCGACUCAGAUCUGUCCAUCCAGCGCUCCGUCCCCAGAGUCACCCAGUUUCAGAGCAGUAGUAUUUUAAACUGGUUCAUGGGGAUGUCUGCACAUGCGUGUUACCCACGCAUGGAUUUUCUCAAGUUUCCUGUCGAUGUGUUAACGAACAGGAUAAAAGAUUUGUCCUCGGUGCGCGCCGAAAGGGGUGCAGAGACUGUCGUCCGUGUCACAAGUUUUGAAGAUGCUCAUUCAAGCCACCGGCUAGGACUGGGGAGACCAGGGGUGGAUUGCUACUGUCAGCAUGAAAGUGGUGCAGCUGUUCUUCAGCUUCAGUUUCUCAUCAAUGAGGGAGCCCUGGUCACAGCCUGCGCAGAUGACACGCUACACUUGUGGAACCUGCGUCAGAGGAGGCCGGCUGUGCUGCAUUCACUCAAAUUCAACAGAGAGAGGAUCACAUUUUGUCACCUGCCCUUUCAGAGCAAAUGGCUGUAUGUGGGGACAGAGCGUGGAAACACACACAUUGUCAACAUUGAGUCCUUCAUUUUGUCUGGAUAUGUCAUCAUGUGGAACAAGGCAAUAGAACUAUCAACUAAAACUCACCCAGGACCUGUAGUGCAUCUGAGUGACAGCCCAAAGGAUGAAGGCAAGUUGCUUAUAGGGUUCGAAAGUGGGACCGUUGUACAAUGGGACCUCCGGGUGAAGAAGGCCGACUUCAGAAUCUACUAUGAUGAGGCCAUCCACUCAGUCAGCUGGCAUCAUGAAGGAAAGGCGUUCAUGUGCAGCCACUCAGACGGCAGCCUGACGCUAUGGAACCCCAGAAACACCUCGAAGCCAUUCCAGGUCACCUUCCCUCAUGGAAAGAUACAGAAAGAUGGGAGGAAGGAGUCAUGUAAACCCAUACUCAAAGUGGAGUACAAGACUACAAGAAGCAGCGAGCCUUUUGUUAUCUUCUCUGGGGGUCUUUCAUAUGACAAAGCAGGACGAAGGCCAACGUUAACUAUCAUGCAUGGCAAAGCCAUCACUGUUCUGGAGAUGGACUAUCCCAUUGUAGAGUUCAUGGUGCUCUGCGAGACUCCUUACAUUAAUGAGGUCCAGGAGCCGUAUGCUGUUGUGGUGCUGUUAGAAAAAGACUUGAUCGUGGUGGAUCUGACUCAGAGCAACUUCCCAGUGUUUGAGAACCCUUAUCCCAUGGACAUUCAUGAGUCUCCAGUUACCUGCACAGCCUAUUUUGCAGAUUGUCCUCCAGACAUUAUCCCCAUUCUGUAUUCUAUAGGAGCGAAAAACAAGAAGACCGGAUACAGCCAAAAGGAGUGGCCAAUCACUGGAGGAACGUGGACAUUAGGUUCCCACACGUAUCCAGAGAUCAUCAUCACAGGGCAUGCUGAUGGAUCAGUCAAAUUUUGGGAUGCAUCUGCAAUCACACUGCAAAUGUUGUAUAAGCUGAAGACCUCCAAAGUGUUUGAGAAGCCGAAGCAAGGGGAGGGCCGAGCCGCUGAACUAGUGGACGAAGACCCCUAUGCUGUCCAGAUGGUCAGCUGGUGCCCUCAGAGCCGCAUCUUUUGCGUGGUCGGCAUCUCGGCUCACAUCAUCUUGUAUCGCUUCAGCAAAUAUGACGCCAAUACUCAGAUAGUGGCAUUAGAGAUCCGCUUGCAGUGUGAACCAGAGGAUGUGAUCACUCCGUCAGAGAAUGAAAACAACCCCUGCUUCUCAGAGCCGGGCGCCCACUCACCCCAGCCUCACCAUCAAUACCCGGUCAGUCCGGGCAGUCGGACGCCAGAGAGCGGCAAAGACAGUGUCCCCUGCCUCAAGGUGAAAGAACGGGUAGUUCGUGUUCCUCCUGGCUACCAGUCAGACCUGGUCAUCCAGCUGCUGUGGGUGGAUGGAGAACCUCCACAACAAAUCACCAGCCUGGACAUCAACUCUGCCUAUGGCCUCUUGGCGUUUGGGAACGGUAAUGGGCUAGCGGUGGUGGACUACCUACAGAAGGCUGUCCUGUUGUGCGUGUCGACCGUGGACCUGUACGGAGCCACUGACCCCUAUCAGCGCCUUACCCGUUCCCCCCGCCGGAACAGACAGUCCACCUCAGGCCUUACAGAGCUCACUGACAACCAGCAGUCCGUUGACAUGGAGAGGAGCAAGUCGCCCACUUCAGUUCAUUACCCAACCUCCCUUCACAAUGACCCGCGCGUCCUGCCAGAGCCUGUGGCCAGUCUGAGAGCCAGCCACUGCAGUCCAGUCUUUUACUUACUGGACAAUGUAAAGGGACCCGGCAGAAAGUUAAGUCUGCCCACAGAUCUUAAGACUGAUCUUGAUCAUGUCAAUGGACAUUGCACUAGCCCCAUCUCCCAGCCCUGCUCGGCAGGGAAGCCUCGAAUUCCGAUGGGUCCCGAGGGGCCGCGGCUUUCCCGCAGAGGCCCCGGCCGACCGCCCUUCCGCAAGGCCCAGUCCGCUGCUUGCAUGGAGAUCUCUUUGCCUGUGUCCCACACUGAAGUAGGGCAUGCAUCCAGGAGGGCAAUGCUUCAGCAGUUACACGGAGUCACUAUGUACUCCCACGACGAGCACCACACCACCACCUCCUACUGCUGGAGUGACAGAGAGAGUCGUGAAAACUCCUUCAGCCGCUCGCGCAGUUCCAGCGUGUCCAGCAUCGACCGGGACACCAAAGAGGCUGUCACCACGCUGCAGUUCGGAGAGUCCUACGGGCGCAAAAGCGACGCCCUACCUACCCCGUGUCUAUGGGUGGGCACGAGUCUAGGUGUAGUUCUGGUCAUCCCAAUGUCCAUCCCCACCGACCAUGAGGAGAGGAUGGAGGAGCCUGUCACCAUUGGUCCUAGCGGAGCUGUCCAAAUGCUGAAGGGCUCUGUGUUGCACUUUGGUUUCAUGGACUGCAAUGGAGGUCUCAUUCAGAGUCCAUAUGAGGUUUGGCGAGACCAAAAUGCCCCCGAGGACCCCGAUCGACCACGGAGGCGCAAACUGGUCAACUUCUCACCAUCCUCCUCCCAGGAAGCCUUUGGAGAGGGGCAUUUGGCCGUGGUGUGCUCUGAGAGGCAGGCCAAAGUCUUCUUGAUGCCUUCGCAGUCAUGCCUCUUUGUCCACAACAUUACAGAGUCCUCCUUUGUGCUGCGAGCUGACGUGGUCUCCGUGUGUAACAGUGUGUGCCUGGCCUGUUUCUGUGCCAACGGACAUGUUAUGACCCUAAGUUUGCCCAGUUUAAGACCACUGAUGGACGUCAAUUACCUGCCUCUGACAGACAUGCGCAUCGCAAGGACCUUUUGUUUCACCAAUGGGGGCCAGGCACUAUAUCUCAGCUCCCCCACUGAAAUUCAGAGAAUUACAUACAGCCAGGAGAUGUGUGACAACCUGCAGGAAAUGUUGGGAGAGCUGUUUACUCCGACAGAAACACCAGAAGCUCAGAACAGAGGAUUUUUAAAAGGCUUUUUUGGAGGAAAUGCCCAAACAUUCGACAGAGAAGAGCUUUUUGGGGAAGCAUCAGCUGGAAAGGCCUCCAGGAGUCUGGCGCAGCACAUCCCUGGUCAGGCAGGAAUGGAAGGCAUGAAGGUGGCUGCUAGUGGAGUAGUGGGUGACCUGGCUCGAGCUCGCAUUGCUCUGGAUGAGAGAGGCCAAAGGCUGGGGGAGCUUGAGGACCGAACAGCCCUGAUGAUGACCAGUGCGGAAACAUUCUCCAAACAUGCUCACGAGCUAAUGCUCAAGUGUAAGGAUAAGAAGUGGUACCAGUUCUAACAGCAAGAUCUUAGCGAUGAGGCUGCCCUGGGUCUGCUGGAAACUUUGUGCCACUACAGAACUUUCACUUUACAUUGAAAGCAAUUUGAAAAGACACAAGAGUGACUUUGUCUUCACAGCGUGUGGAUCAAGCUGUGUGUACGACGCUUUUGCUUUGCUGAAUGGGUAGGACAACCUAGAUCCUUGUCCAGACAAGCAGAGACUGACAGAAGAUGGUGGCAUUAUGAGGUCUGAGGAUGAAAAUGGAAAUAUACGAUGAGUCUGUGUGCGUGUGAAUUUGCAGGCGUGUGUGCGCGCGUGCAUGUCCAAGUGUGUGUGCGUGUGUGGUUGGGUUUUCUGGACCUGUACUGUGUAGAUACUCAAAAUCUAAGACAUCAACAAGAAAUGCAUGAAAUAACAAUGGAUGAGUAUUUAAAAUAUACAACUGCCAUAUUAAAAAGCAGCAUGCUACUUUAAGAAGACAUUCAAAAUAAAGAAAUAAAAGUUUUAUUUAUGAUGUAAGCCAACAACAGAAACUAUGAAAAUCUUUAUAUUUUUUGAGAUACUGGCAAAAAACUAUAUAUAAAAAGGGAAAUGUAUACCUGCAUUGCUAUUAAGCCAAAACUUGUUACUUUCCCUUUUCUUAUUUUUUCUUUAUCAGUUGAUAUUAACUUUUUUUUAUUAGUCUCUAAAUAUUACUUGACACAGUAUAAAUGCACAUAAGUAUCUACACACUUUUAGAAUUAUACUAAAACUUUGUUCUUCAAUUACUCUGGGCUGCACAGUGCAAAUAUAAACCAGUAGUAUUAACACUGAAAUCUGCUAAGUCUAGUCACACUGCUUUGUUUUCACUUUUAAGCUGCUGCUGCUUAUGAAGGGAUAUUUCACUUUCCCCCAAAAUAGAAAUGUAUGUUAACAAAGACUGAUGUGACACAGGUUCAAAGGGCGUUUGUUUUUAUAUGUUGUACAAACCUAUUUUCAAUUUUCGUGCCAUAAAUACAAAGCUGGAUGAAUCUGUUUACUGCACAUCAACAAAGGAGCUAACAUUUGGUAGGCAUCAUAAAGUGUCCUGUUGAUCACACUUGGAGUGGGCAUUCAUUAAAGGUCAGUUGUUUUUUUGGUUUAACAAAAAAGGGGGUGUUUUUUUCUGUUUCUGUUUAUCUUCAGCUGCCUUUGUCAGAUGUCCAAGUUUUGUGAGCCAUAAGGUUACGUUUUAGUGUUUGAGAGAAGGUAAAAGUGCAACAGAUGUCAAGUCUGACUCUUUCUCUGCUGAAAGAAAUCAAAUAUGUAUGACACCCUCUCAUGUUUCCCCACCUUGGUCCUGCGGUUUGUGCAUUUUCAGCAUUAACUCAAUCAGAGAGCACCCGUAAUAAUUGUCACUGUCUUUGUGCUACGAAUAUGAGCAGAAAAUUGGACUAGAAUUCAUCCCUGCCGACUCCAUUGUGAGUUGUCUGUCAGUAAAUGGUUCAGGAGAAGUAACAGUAUUUUUAGUGAUGUUCAGAUGUUGAGUCAGUGCCGAAAAUAUGUUCAUGUGUAAAACAUUUGCAGCAAUUUCCACUGAAGACUAUUUUAUUUUUCUUCAGUAGUGUUCUUUCUGACUAUGAUAUCCUUGUGUCGCGGUCAUAUAUUUGAUGGUUAUGGCCUUCUAACUGAGGGCCUGUGUAUUUUAAAAACAUCUAAUGUUUAAUGAUACAUGAUCGUGUAUCAAAUUGUGAUUGUGUUGUAUGUCGGUGGGUAGCCACACGACAUGGACAAACAGCAUCAAGUGAGGAGGAUAUUUUGUAAUUGUGUAUUUGUCUGUAUUUUGAACUGAUCAGAAAAAUCAAAGGGUUACUAAUUUUUUGUUCUCUCACAUGUUAGACCUUUAUGCACAUCAUCAUCAGUACAUACAGUCUAAAGAAACACGCCUUGGUCAUACAGAUGUCACUCCCAGAUACAAUAUGCAUCAUCAAACACUCUCUCAAAGACUGAAAAUAAGACAAUAAUCAUUUCUGCCUGUUCUCUGUCAGGCAGCAGAGACACUCCUUAGAUUUAAAUGGCCUUCAAACACAUGUACUUUCACCUUGCUCACCUGGAAUCCCAAAGCUGAAUUACUUGCAUAUCACAAAUUACACGUCUUUCAAAGCUGUGUCUUAAACAUGUCAUAAUAUAGAUAAUACAUUUCUGUUCUAUCUCUGUACCGUCAAUGAGACUUGUGUUCAGUGAAGUUCUUUCAGUGCCAGAGAUAACACAAACAAAAAAGAAAACAAAACCAAAAUAAAAUUGAAAAAAAAUCUGACUUCUGCUGACAGGGUGUUUUGUUAGUAUGUUUUUGGUUUUUAUAUCCUAUGUACAGUUCAACUCGGGGUGAAAGGUGAAACAUAAAAAAAAAAUAUUGAGAUAUUUUCUGUAUAUGUUGUACCUGUUACUGCUGGUACUGUACUAUCUGGUAUUCUGGCUCUGUCUAAAUCACUUGAACUGUGUAGUUCUUCACAAUGUAGUAUGCUGAAAGAGGCAUUUUCUUGGUUUUGAUGGCAGCAAAGUUUGUCUUAUUUAAUUGGAUUCUACCACUUUUUGUUCUUCUUGAUAUAUACUAGUGUAAUAGAACUUAUUGACAAGGUCUGAAAAUAUGUUGAUGCAAAAGCAAACUGAAAUAAACAUUGAUUGAUGUACACAAGA